AUGGCUCAGCCCCUUUCCUCAGCUGCUGCUACAGUGCUUGGUCCGACUGAGGAAGCUUCACUUUAUCCAGCAGCGCCCAGUCUCCCCACCUCCGCCUCUGUCUGGGAGCUCACGGGCAUCUACUCAGGUCUCACCGUGCAGGAUGAUGAGGUGUCGGUCAAGGAGGAUGAGGUCAAUGCUCUCAUUAAAACAGUGGGUGUAAAUGUUGCAUCUUUCUGGCCAGGCUUGUUUGCAAAGGCCCUGGCCCACGACAACAUGGUCAACAUCAGGAGCCUUGUCCGUAAGGUGGGGGCUGGUGGUUCUGUCCCAGCAGCUGGGCCUGCCCCCUCCACCACUGCUGCCCCAACUGAGGAGAAGAAAGUGGAAGCAAAGAAAGAAGAAUCAGAGGAGUCUGAUGAUGAUGUGGGCUUUAGUCUUUUGAUUAAAUCUCUUCUUUAACCUGUUCAAUAAAAAGCUGAACUCUUA